CCCCAGUUUCCGCCUGAAAAAAAUGACGUUUCGCUGGCGACUCGGGAGGGGGCUGAAUUUCACUUUGUAACUUUCUGCGGAACCCGAGCCCGGGUGGCAGCUCGGGUGGUGGUAUCGUAUGCAAAUACGCAUGCUGACGUUACAGAUCAUGUGGGUUUUGGCGUAGAUUCCCCACUGAUCGAGACAUUUUUUUUCCCCCUCUUUUUUUCCUUCUUUUUUUUUUUUUCUUUUUCUUUUAAAAAUUUUGGCCACUGUUCUCCGUACGAGGGCUUGUUCUGUCUGUCGGUCCGGCGGGCUGGCUUGGCCCCGCUUUCCCACGGAGCCCGAGCCGGGCGCCCGGUGGGGAGUGGGGAGUGGGUGGGGGCAGCCAGCAGAGUUCCAUUUUGGAAAGCCCGUGCCGCGUCUCCACGCUCCCGGCCCGGGUCCCCGCGCUCCCAGCCCCGGCGCAGGUCUUGACGCACUGACUGGUCGCAGAGUCAAAGUGUAAAAAGAUUCCCAGGAUGUAAGCGAUACGGGACAGCUCGCCUGAGGCUGCUGAAAGCCUUCUUUUCUCCUGGUGUCUUGAAUCAAGCUGGAUUGUGAGACGGCAUGGCGAGAGCCCAGACUACAUGUGUGCCGGUGUGAGAACAUGCUCGUUUCCUCUUAUAGGCGCCAUCUGGCCCCACAUGAUUGAAUCAGUAACAAGCAGAUACGAUGCUGCCUCUUGUGUUUAACUGUUGGAGCAGUUACAAUUUUCUGUGCUGAGAUCAUUCUGGAAACACUAGACUUCAGCAUUGACGAAGCCAAAGUCAUCGGAGGGGAGAUAAAGCCAAGAGCCUUUCUCUGAACAAACAAAUAAGUUUGUUCCAAAAGUUUUACUGCCCCCCUCCCUACGCACCCCCCACCCACCCCUGCCCCAAAAUAAGCCAUCGCACGCAGGCAGGCAGCAUGGCGAGCAAACGAAAGUCUACAACCCCGUGCAUGGUUCGGACAUCACAAGUUCUAGAACAAGAUGUGCCCGAGGAAGGAGACAGGGCCAAAGAAAAGGGGAUCAUCGCGCCACAGCCUGAAAUGGCCAAGGGCAGUUGGGCAGCGGAACCUGAAAACUCUUCCAAAGAAAAUGAAGUGAUAGAGGUGAAAUCGACAGGGGAGACCCCCUCCAAAAAGCUCCAAGGUGGUUAUGAGUGCAAAUACUGCCCCUACUCCACGCAAAACCUGAAUGAGUUCACGGAGCACGUGGACAUGCAGCACCCCAACGUCAUUCUCAACCCCCUCUACGUGUGUGCUGAAUGCAAUUUCACAACCAAAAAGUACGACUCCUUGUCCGACCACAACUCCAAGUUCCAUCCUGGGGAGACCAACUUCAAGCUGAAGUUGAUCAAGCGCAAUAACCAAACUGUCCUAGAGCAGUCCAUCGAAGCCACCAACCACAUUGUGUCCAUCACCACCAGCGGCCCCGGGAGUGGUGACAAUGACCCUGGGAUCUCGGUGAGUAAAACCCCCAUCAUGAAGCCAGGGAAACCGAAAGCUGAUGCCAAGAAGGUGCCCAAGAAGCCCGAGGAGGCCACCCCCGAGAACCACAUGGAAGGGACUGCCCGCCUGGUGACAGACGCAGCUGAGAUCCUCUCGAGACUCGGAAGCGUGGAGCUGCUCCAGGAGUUAGGGCACGUCACGCCUUCUGUCCAGCUCCCACCAAACAUCAACCUGGUCCCCAAGGUCCCCGUCCCGCUGAAUACUACCAAAUACAACUCUGCCCUGGACACGAACGCCACCAUGAUCAACUCCUUCAACAAGUUCCCUUACCCGACCCAGGCUGAGUUGUCCUGGCUCACAGCUGCGUCCAAACACCCAGAGGAGCACAUCAGAAUCUGGUUUGCCACCCAGCGCUUAAAGCACGGCAUCAGCUGGUCCCCAGAGGAAGUGGAGGAGGCCCGGAAGAAGAUGUUUAAUGGCACCAUCCAGACAGUCCCCCCGACAAUCACUGUGCUGCCCACCCAGCUGGCCCCCACAAAGAUGUCUCAGCCCAUCCUCCAGACAGCUCUGCCAUGCCAGAUCCUGGGCCAGACCAGCCUGGUGCUGACUCAGGUGACCAGCGGGUCAACCACUGUUGCUUGCUCCCCCAUCACACUUGCCGUGGCCGGAGUGACCAGCCACAGCCAGAAGAGACCUUUAGUGACUCCGCAGGCGGCCCCUGAGCCCAAGCGUCCACAUGUCGCUCAGGUGGCUCAGGUGGCUCAGGUGCCAGAGCCCCCACCCAAGGUGGCGAGCCUUUCACUGACCGCGGCCAGCGACCGCAAGAAGACAAAGGAGCAGAUAACCCACCUCAAGGCGAGCUUUCUCCAGAACCAGUUCCCUGACGAUGCUGAGAUCUACCGACUCAUCGAGGUGACCGGCCUUGCCAGGAGCGAGAUCAAGAAGUGGUUCAGUGACCACCGGUACCGGUGCCAAAGGGGCAUCGUCCACAUCACCAGCGAAACCCUUGCCAAAGACCAGCUGGCCAUCUCGGCCUCCCAACACGGCCGCAUGUACCAUGCCUACCCAGACUUUGCCCCACAGAAGUUCAAAGAGAAGACCCAGGGUCAGGUUAAAAUCCUGGAAGACAGCUUUUUGAAAAGCUCUUUUCCGACCCAAGCGGAACUGGAUCGGCUGAGGGUGGAGACCAAGCUGAGCAGGAGGGAGAUCGACUCCUGGUUCUCAGAGCGGAGGAAGCUUCGGGACAGCAUGGAGCAAGCGGUCUUGGAUUCCAUGGGGUCUGGCAAAAAAAGCCAGGAUGGGGUGGCCCCCAACGGUGCUCUGUCUCGACUUGACCAGCUCACCGGUGCCCAGCUGGUCAGUUCUCUGCCCAGUCCUUCACCAGCAAUUACAAAAAGUCAAGAACAAGUCCAUCUCCUGAGGAGCACGUUUGCAAGAACCCAGUGGCCUACACCCCAGGAGUAUGACCAGUUAGCAGCAAAGACAGGCCUGGUUCGAACUGAAAUUGUGCGUUGGUUCAAGGAGAACAGGUGCUUGCUGAAAACCGGGACCUUAAAGUGGAUGGAGCAGUACCAGCAGCAGCACAUAGCGGAGGACCACGGCUAUGACACCCUGUCGAGGAAAGCUGUCAAGGCCGCCGUCACCGAGAGCCCGAAGAACGGGAGCGAGGUGGGCCUGCAAUACCACAAGGACCCCAAAAAGCUCUGCGAAGAGGACUUGGAGAAGUUGGUGCCCAGGGUGAAAGUGGGCAGCGAGCCAGCAAAAGAGGGUUUGCCAGCAAAGCCCUCAGAGGCCACCUUGGACAGGUCAGAGGGCAACAGCCGAGAAGGCCAGGGGAGUGGCGAAAACGGGGAGUCAGGCGUUGUGGAUUGGGUGGAGGUGACGGUCGGAGAGGAGGAUGCCACCUCUGACCGGUCAGACAGCUGGAGCCAGACUGCCCCGGAAGGCACCGCAGAGCUGGCCGACUCGGACUCCGACAGCGUCCCUCCCGAGGCUGGCCAGGCCUAGACAGGAAGUCGGUCAGAACGGCUCUGUCUGUGAAGAAAGAAGAGAACUCCCCUCCCGGGCCUGCGGGGCCGCCUGGCCAGAGACUCCAGCCGGACCUCGUUAGCUGGCCUGUCCCUGCAGGCAUGGACCGAGCCGAGCGGUGUCACAGGCGCCUCCCAGAGGACCGGUGGGAAUUGUUCAUCGUGCCAAAGUCCUACUACUGCGUUUUCAAUGGGUCCUUGUAAAUAGUUGGCUCCUCUGCCCUGUCCCCCAUCUCUUGCUCCACUGGAACCAAUUUGUACAACGUGGGAAUUUUGCUACCUUUUUAAUCGCGGGCAAUUUCCAUCUCCAGCACUACCAUCGGGAGGUUUUUCCCAGGAGGCGGGGGCUGGUCACACGCGCUUUUUUUCCCCCUUCCUUUUCUUUUUUAUUUUAUUAAUUUGGGGAAAGGGAUAAUAUUAGCAUUAGUGCCAUUAUAUCUACUGGAUUUUAGGUAGGGAGAGUUCAUUUUUAAAGGUGGAUUGAAAUUUGGGAGAUUUCUCGGGGAGGCGUCGGACUCAACUUGGAGAGAGUUUACGGAGGGCAGAUCUUCCAAAUCAAAUCUGUUUCCACUUCUCUGCCAGCCGCCUCUGGGAUCCCCAGGUAGCCACGCACAAUGCUUUCCCAGCGGCCUCCUGCAGGGCUGGUCUCUCAAUGGCCUGGCCUCUGAGUCAGACCUGGGGCCCAGCCAUUGCCGGGCGACCUGGGGAGCAGGUGGCUGUCCUUUUAAAGCACCUUUUUAGAUACUCACAGAAAGGGCUCCCCCCUUUGUAGCAUUGUCAUUACUCUUAUAAAAUGGCAACAAAAAGAGAUCUUCCUCUCUAGAUGGUACAAAGAUGAACCGCGUUGGUUUUCGUUUCUGUUCCUAACUGCCUUUUCUCAGUGUGGUAUUUGACAAGAUUUCAGCUUGAAGCCUCACCAUGAAUUGAUCUUUUUGUUUGUGUGUUUGUUUUGGGCCAAUUUUAGACUCCUGAGUGCGCUUUUCUUCCCAGUUAGUUCUAACUUUUAAAGAAGAAAAACCAAGAGACAUAUCUGGUGUAAAUGUUGCAAUAUGAAUUGUGUGUGCAACCCACCCACCCCCCAUUUGAGUACAUUGCACAAAUAAAAUGCUAGGGAGUUUGGAAAAAAAACACACAAUUUUUCUAACUUGUUGCUCCUUUGCUGUAACUCAAUAAAGCAAAGACUAAACAUUUUUAUAACCUUUUCCUCUGCUCCUGGUCCUUUCAUUUCUGUCUGGCUCCCAGGCCGUGGCAAACACCCUCACUGGGCAUGGAAAGGGGUGUUUGUGAAAGGAGGGCACAGUGGAGGAAGCUGGAUGCAGGUCUGAGAUGACAUUCCAGACACCUGUGCCUCUGGCUUUGGGGACUUUGCUAUAUGCAAUCGGUCCUCUCCUUACCACCCGUUGACCUCCAAACUCCUCCUAUUCACCCCCCACCAAAAAAAAUCCAAAAAAAUCUAACCUGCACUCUUAUUAUUAAAAAAAGAAAGAAAGAAAGAAAGCCAUAACCGGUAUGGCUCAGUGGAUAGAGCGUCAGCCUGCGAACUGAAGGGUCCCAGGUUUGAUUCCAGUCAAGGGCACAUACCGGGGUUGUGGGCUUCGUCCCCAGUAGGGGGCGUGCAGGAGGCAGCCGAUCAGUGAUUCUCAUCAUUGAUGUUUCUAUCUCUCUCCCUCUCCUUUCCUCUCUGAAAUCAAUAAAAAUAUACUUAAACACACACACACACACACACACACACACACACACACACAGUAAAACGUGGCUGUAGCUCCCUCAUGUCCUGGUCCCUGCCUACACUGCCUCCCCUGUCGGAGCUCUCAGUACUAGAACUUCCACAGACCCCCAUCCCCAAUGGUGCCCUGCCCUUCCAGCCUGGAGUCGGAGUCGCCUCCAGCUUCUUCCUUGGCAGGUAGCUGCUUCCCCACCUGCUUCUUACACCCUUGUAGUCUGCUUGCUACUCUCAAGCUAUUUAAAUAAAUUCUUCAAGUAAGGCAGUGUGCGAAGUUAUCGAAUGCCUGAAGAAAGCAAAGGGAAAGCCUUGCCAGAAUGUUUGUCUUUCGACUUUAAUAUCUGUACCAAAGAGAAGCCUUGAUCAUUGGUUGCAGUGAAAAUACACAGAGAGGACAGUUGUGCUCUUGAAACCACCCAAGUUAUCUUUCCUCUGUGGGGAAUGCCUAAAGGGGGGCAGAAACCAGGAGAGAGGUUCUUAAAGCGGAGUAGCUGGACGGGAUUCUUAAUGAAGUGGGAGACAGCAGUGAGGCGGAGUGAGCAUGCUGGUUUGUCUGCCCUGUUCCCCUUUGCCCUAGGGGACACGUGUCUCCCCCUCCACUCAUCUGAUUCCGGGGGCUGCGUGAUAGUGUCCUACCCCCUCCCGCAGGCCGAGCCCUGGCACGCCAGCCCCUAUUCACAGAUCUGGGCGCAGUGUGAUACAGGAGCAGUCUGAGGCUGGAGGAAAGAGCUCCCUAUUCCAUUUAGAUGAUGAUGAAGGUGAUAAUAUUAGCCCGGAGCCACCUGCCAAGCCCCUGCUGAACAGAGUCUGUAGGUAGAAAGAAUGAGGACACCAAUUUCAAGAAAAGAGGCAAAGGGGCCCAGCCAGUGUGGCUGAGGGGUUGAGUGUCAACUCAUGAAUCAGGAGGUCACAGUUCAAUUCAAGGCACAUGCCUGGGUUGCGGGCUUGACUCCCAGUAGGGAGCGUGCAGGAGGCAGCCGAUCCAUAAUUAUCUCUCAUCAUUGAUAUUUCUCUCUCUCUCUCCCUCUCCCUUCGUCUCUCUGCGAUCAAUAAAAACAUAUAAAAUUUUUUUAAAAUAAAAAAAGAAAAGAGGCAAUGAAAGGAGAAAGAUGAUUGAUAACGACGGUGUUAGUGGUGAUAACAACAAUGGCAACUUCAUUUGAGUCCCUGACCAUGUCCAUCUCCCUAUCUUUUCAGUUUCAUAAACACCUACUAUUUCUGUUUUCAUUUUAGCUGUAAACCUUUUGAGUUUGGUUUCUUUCACUAGAAACUCAGUUCUGAUUGGUUGAUGAAAUUAUUGAAUAAAAACCAAUGGAAAGACAAUAAAUGGAAAUAGCCAUGUAUGGCUACCAGCUGGA